CUAAAAGAGAAUACACAAAAUGGAAAAAAAUUUCACUACAUUCAAGAAAAUCGAGAGAACAAGAGAAAACUAAAGAAAAGAUAAUAGAAGAAACACGAAAUAAUAAAACGACAAGAAAUUAAUUAUACGAAAAAAAGUAAUUGAAGUAAUAAAAAUUAAAAGAAAACUGCAAUAAAUUAAAAUUUAAACAACAAAUUUAUUAAAUAAAAGCAAUAUGGAUUUCGGAGAUGAUUUCGUUGCUGCCCCCAAUACCGCCAGCGAGGAGGUAGACCCUGCGGCCGAGUUUUUGGCUCAGGAAAAGUCUAUUUUGGGUGAUUUAGAGGCGGAAAUCAAUGCUGGCUCUACUACAGUUAGCAAAACACCCGCAGUAGCAGACGAUGCUGGUUUAUUGGGUGGUGAUAUGAAUGAAUUGGCUGCCGGCAGCAGUGGUGGUUUAGAAUCUUCUACCGGUUCUUUUGAAAUGAUUGGUGGCGAUAAUAAUGAUGUUAAUCCCAUCUCCGGACCGCCACCAUCACGUGUAGAACCUGAGAAAAUCAGAAAAUGGCGUGAGGAGCAGCAACAACGUUUGGAGGAGAAGGAUCGUGAAGAAGAACGCAAAAAGGAGGAAUUGCGUGCUCAGGCUAAAAAGGAAUUGGAGGAUUGGUUAAGACAAACCGAAGAAUCUAUUGCCAAAACUAAAGCAGCGGCCCGUAGUGCUGAAAAACAAGCAGCAGCCUUAGAAAAUGGUGGACCCAUGGAGCCGGGCACCGAAUGGGAACGUAUAGCCAAAUUGUGUGACUUUAAUCCCAAAGUCAAUAAGUCAGGCAAAGAUGUUUCACGCAUACGUUCCAUCUAUUUGCAUCUCAAACAGAAUCCCAUACCUAUUAGAGCUCAAAAAGCCUAAGGUAUUGAGAGAUGAAUAUAAGAUUUUGUUUUUUUUUUCCUCUUUAUUAGUAUUCCAAUCAAAUUAUUAAUUAUUAUUAAUAUAAUUAUUAUUGUUUAUGUUUAUUCGCAAACAGACAAAAAUGAA